AGUGUACACUACCGCAAUACAGACAAACCAAAGGCGAGUCAUUCCUUGCUGUACGGGGGAAAAACGAAGAGAAGCGUUUCAUUUUUAAAAACCAUUUUAUUAUCUAGCCCAGCAAAAGAUCUCCGGAGAGGAGGGAGGACUGCUCAGCGCUGCUCGUGCGAGGUGGAGCGGAGACACAUCUAAAACAUUCAUAAUAAACUUCUCACCCCAUCGAGACUCGGACUGCACCCUUACUACAGACAACAUGGAAUAGAAGGACUCCGAGAGAAUCCCAACAACACAAAUUGAUGUUUUCUGCUGAAAAACCGUCAGAGGGGAAGAAACUGCUCCGUUAACAUCAGCAUCAAGCUCGUGGUGGAUUGAAAGAAGGAGCUCAAGAUGUCUGUACCGAAUGUGUUGGCAAAGGCCCUGUACGACAAUGUGGCGGAGUCUCCGGACGAGUUGUCCUUUCGGAAGGGCGACAUCAUGACCGUCCUGGAGCGAGACACGCAAGGCCUGGACGGCUGGUGGCUUUGUUCGCUGCACGGCCGUCAAGGCAUUGUUCCUGGCAACCGGUUGAAGAUUCUUGUGGGCAUGUAUGAUAAACAGCAACAGCAGCAGUUACAGCAGUUGUCGAGCCAACCCAGCCCAACCCAGAGCCUUCUCAACCUGCCUCAGAGUGCCUACAACAAGCUCCCCCCCUCAUCCCAGUACACAGCCAUGCACCCCGCCUUCAGCUCCGCCAACUCUACCAACCCAGACGGAGUCUACAUGCUCCCCCCCAGCCACGGCCAGCCCACCUCCUCCAACCUCUACCAGGUGCCCACCGGCCCCCAACCUCCACAGCCCCAACCUAAAGCCCCCGCUGUGGCACAAAAGCAAAGCCAGGCACAGUACCCUCCCACCCCGCAGGAUGUCUACCAGGUGCCCCCCUCCAUUAAUGCUCCAGGCCAGGACAUCUACCAGGUGCCACCCACUGCAGGAGGGCCGUGUCCCGGGCAGGACGUGUACCAGGUGCCACCCUCUAUGAACCAGACACAGGACAUUUACCAGAUUCCGCCAUCAAUAGAGAGGAGCUGGGACUCUCCCAAACCCAUGGGAAAGGUAGUUGUUCCCACACGGGUUGGUCAAAUGUACGUGUAUGACAUGGGGAAAAGUGAACAGGAUGAGUAUGACGUCCCCAGACACCUUCCACCCACCCAGGAUAUCUAUGACGUGCCGCCCACCCGCACCCAGUACAAUCAACAGGUUUAUGACACUCCUCCAAUGGCAAUGAAAGGCCCACCUAGUAGAGAUGGUCAGGAGAUCUAUGACACUCCACCUAGUGUGGAUAAGAGCCAGCUGCACUAUCAACAAACGGUAUAUGACAUUCCUCCAUCUGUCAGCAAAGACGUUCCAGAUGGUCCGAUCAGGGAGGAAACGUACGACGUCCCUCCUCACUUCGCCAAGAUGAAGAGCCUGGAGAAUCAAAACCAGGCUUUUAUGUCUCAGAUCCCUGGCGGUCCCGAGCCUCCCAUACCAGAGGACGUGUACGAUGUUCCUCCACCUCAGCUAGUAGCGAAACGGCAGCCUGAGGGCCAGGAGAUCUAUGACAUCCCUGCCAGCCUGCGAAAGAGUGGCUUACAGGACCACCACCCUGCAGAUGUGUACGACUUCCCCCGCGAGCGGCCGUCAGCCGAAGAAUCGGGCGACUACAUCUACGACGUGCCUCCUCAGGUGGUACGUGACGCGGCGGCCACAGAGGAUCUAACGGUCAGCUUCAAACGCCUGUCGGCGUCCAGCACAGGAAGCACUCGAAGCAACCACUCCACGUCCUCUCUGGACAUGGUGCCGGUGCGCGAGUCCUCCGGGCCGGGUCGCCUGCUGCUCUUGGAUCUGGACCAGGCCAUGGAGCGGCUGUCCCGUCAUCAGCAGGCCGUAGAGAGCUCCGUGUCCCUCCUAAUGUCGUUCAUUAGUGGGAACUGGCGCAGCCCCACUCAGAUGGAGUCCAACCUCCCUGCCAUCCGACAGGCCGUGGACCGCAUUCGCGUGGCUGUCCGGGACCUCCUGGAGUUCGCUAGAGGUGCCGUGGCCAACGCCACCCAGGCCACGGACCGCACGCUGCAGACCAAGCUCGGCAAGCAGGUGCAGAAGAUGGAAGAGGCCUUCCAAGGUCUGGUGAUGUACAGUCAGGCACUGGACUCUCUGGGCUGGUCCCCCGCAGCCUUGAUGGCGCCAUCUACAGGCACCGGUGGGGACGACCUAGACCGGCUGGUCAUGUGUGCCCGCGGUGUGCCCGAUGACACCAAGCAGUUGGCAUCGUUUCUCCACGGGAAUGCCUCUUUGCUCUUCAAACGGACAAACAAACAGCAGCAGCUGCCCUUGCCACCCGUUCCCCACACUCCAGACAUGCUGGGUCAGCUGACCAACAACAACAACAUCUCAGCCUAUCAGUCAGGCACACCCGAACGGGCCAACAUCCAGUCCCGCCCGUUACCCUCCCCUCCCAAAUUCUCAGCCGAGGAAGAGACUCCAGACAGGCCGCACGAGACCACAGAGGAAGGUUGGAUGGAGGACUACGAUUAUGUCCAUUUACAGGGUAAAGAAGAGUUUGAAAAGAACCAAAGACAGCUGAUGGAAAAAGGGAGCAUUAAACACAAUAAGGCUGUGCUGGAACAGCAACAGCUGAAGCAGUUUGAGCGGCUGGAGCAGGAAGUCUCUCGACCAAUCAACAAUGACAUUUCGGGCUGGACUCCGCCCACUCAGUACCCCCAGACGCCGCGCAGUAAGCUGUGCACGGGCGACCGGCAGCUGCUGCUCUUUUACAUGGAGCAGUGCGAGGCCAACAUCACCACGCUCACCAACGCCAUCGACGCGUUCUACUCCUCCAUCAACAACAACCAGCCGCCCAAAAUCUUCGUUGCCCACAGCAAAUUCGUCAUCCUCAGCGCUCACAAGCUCGUCUUUAUCGGAGACACGCUCUCCCGGCAAGCCAAGUCUCCCGAGGUGCGCAACAGGGUGGCUCAGCACAGCAACACGCUCUGCGACAAGCUCAAAGACAUUGUGGUGAGCACCAAGACCGCAGCCCUGCAGUACCCCUCGCCAGGGUCCGCCAGAGACAUGACGGAGAGGGUGCGGGAGCUCGCGGGAUGCACACAGCAGUUCCGCAUGGCACUCAAUCAGCUACUGGCCAUGUGAGCCAACGGGCCUCUUUUAAACUCACCUGUGCCAUGAGCUUUAUAUCUCCAAAAUGGACGAAAUGUUGUAAAUGAAUUAUUGUAAAUAUUUAAGGUGCUGUACGUCGGGGACAAUAUAAUGGGAACAAUGGAGGAGAAAGAGACGGAACAUAUCUAAAGUGUAGAUUUAAGACAUUAUGCAUUAUUAUAGCUAAACUGUAAUUAUUGCUCUGAUUAUUAUAAUUGUCAUCAUCAUUAUUAUUAUUAUUAUUAUUAUUAUUAUUAUGAGAUGCUGACUAAAGGUGUUUAAAAUUUUAAACGUGUAUGUAGAAGUACAACCAUUUCCAUCAAAGAUCAGAUUUUUUUUUUUAAAUGAAUUGUGC